UGCAUGGGCGACAUUGUGAGUUCCAGGGAAGAACAGUUAUGUAUCGAUGCGUGUUAUAUAUUUACCAGGGUCGGCUUGUAUUAAGUCAUGCUCAGAAUCCGCGAAUGCUUUCUUACAAAUGUAGCAAUAUGUUUUCUGCUCUCGUUUUCAGGGCUGCUGGCAAAGUGAGCCAUAGGGCAUUUUGGACCACUGGAGUUCCUUGCUGUGAAAAGGAAAAAGGGACUACCUGUCCCCCUUUAGAAGAGGUAAAGAAUGAUGGCAAGAGGACGGGACAGUUGCAGGUGGAGGAUGUUGAGCUUAAGAGAACAGAAGGUGGGGCAAAAAUGAGAUCACACACUGAAGAACAGAAUAACAUUGAGGCAACUGCAGAAGCCACAGUGGACGACAGGCAGGUGGAGAGGAAGACGAUGACAGGUAAGCAGGGUCUCCUAGAACUGCUGGGUGCCAUGAAGGUCGAGGGGACAACCAAGCGCAAGCUCAAAGCCCUCAAGAGCCUGAGGAGCGGUGAGGAAGCUCCACAAAGACCCAAGCUGGAGGCCAUGGAGAGCACCAUUAGUAUGUUCCAGCAGGCCACCAGUGAGGCCGCAGGACAGAGUGAGAGUCUGAGUGGAGAGCUGCGUGCUGCUGCUUCAGCAGUCGCAUCCAUGCUGCCUGACAGCGCUCAGGCCGAGUCUGAGCUGCUGAGGCAGCUGCGGAAACAUGAGGCUGUUUCAGACACACAGGGGAAAGAAGGACAACAGAGCCUCAGCAACAUUAUUGCUCAUAUGAAAGUGAGAAGGAAGGUCAAUGGCAGACCGUCUGUCCAACCAACCAAUCAAAUUCGCUUUGAUGAUGAUGGGCGGGGAUAUACCCAUGACCGUGGCAUCACCAGUGAGCUGGACGGAAUCCGCAGGAGGAAGAGUCCUUUCUCAGGGAAAAGGCUAAGCAUCUUUGCUGUUGGAGGAGAUCAAGAGAAAGACACUGACUUGGCCACACGCCCCACCCUCUGGGACAUAGAUCUAGCCAAUCAGAUUGCCCAGGCAGUGAACAACAUACCUCGGAAUGGCUUUGAGGAAAUGAUUCAAUGGACUAGAGAAGGCAAGCUGUGGCAAUACCCAAUCAACAAUGAGGCAGGUAUGGAAGAGGAUGCUACCGUGCCAUUCCAUGAGCAUGUAUUCCUAGAGCACCACCUGGAGGAUGGCUUCCCCCAGCAGGGCCCCAUCAGGCACUUCAUGGAGCUGGUGAUCACAGGCCUGGCCAAGAACCACCACCUCUCUGUCAAACAGAAGGUGGAGCACAUUAGGUGGUUCAGAGACUACUUCAAGGAGAAACAGGACAUUCUCAGAGAGACAGAAGCAUGCCUCAGCUGAGACGGCUAGCUGCUUUCUGACCACAUAAGAAAUUCAUAAAGAUUUCCAACUAUGUAUACAUGUAUUUGGCAGGUGUAAUUAAAUUUAUCCUCAGUGUGGUGCCAGUG